UGUCAAUCUCGCUGCCACGUGACAAAACGCGCUCCCGCCUUCGUUCCAGAGCUCGGCGCUCUUCUUGCUCGCCUGUGGAUCGCCGAGUGAGCGAUUAUUCCACUCCUUCCUCCUCUUGGCUAUAGACGUGACUCUAACCCGGGAGAGGGGGAAGGAAGAACAGAUCUGACUCCUCCCCUUCCUCCUUCAAAGGCAGCACCGCUGUGCCUGCUGUCCUCUUGGAAACGGAAGAUGAUUUAGAACUUUGGCUCUCCUUUAGAGAUUCAACAAGUACAAUACAGGUGCUGUUUCUAUACCUUGGACCGUUAUGGCUCUCCCCCCUCCAGAUCCACAGUAUGUUCUCCGAGGGGCGAAUGAUGCAGUCAAUACUCUGUGCUUUCAUUGUGCAGAUCCAGGACCUGAGCUUCCCAUUCUUUUCUCGGGGUCUUCAGAUGGGCUGAUCCACAUCUGGAAUAUAAAGACACGCCGGAUUGACAGAACGCUGAGUGGUCACAGUGGAAAAUCAGUGUUCUGGGUGAAAACUUUAGGCAACCGAAACGCGCUUCUCAGCCAGGGUCGUGAUCAAAACGUGUGUUUGUGGGACUUGGCGGAAGGAAGGAAGGAUGUCACAAGCUCUGUUUGCACAGAGAACGCCGGCUUCUGCAAAUGCUCCCUCUUGGAAGUGGCAGAGAAACGUUGGUUAAUGGCUAUGCCGGGCAAGGACUUAGAAGAGGUUCGGGUUUUGGAGCUGCCGUCCAAGACAUCAGUCUGUACCUUGAAGCCAGAGUCAGAUGCCAAACUGGGCAUGCCCCUGUGUCUCAAACUGUGGCAGCCUAGUGUUGGUUCAUAUCCUUCCCUUCUGGCUGGCUACGAGGAUGGGUCAGUGGUACUGUGGAAUUUGUCAAUGGGGAAAAGGAUGAGUCGACUCACAUGUCAUCAGGAGCCAAUCAUGGCCCUUGACUUUGACUCGGAGAAGGCCAAGGGAGUGUCGGGAUCGUCUGAGAAGAUGCUGUGUAUCUGGAGCCAAAGUGAGCAGCAGAACUUAGAGAUUCAGCAGACAUACCAGCUUACCAAUCCUGGAAUUGCUGACGUGACCCUCAGACCAGACAAGAAGAUUUUGGCCACUGCUGGCUGGGAUUACCGCAUCCGUAUCUUUGGCUGGAAGAAGCUAAAACCGUUAGCUGUACUGGACUAUCACACUGCAGCUGUCCACUGUGUGGCCUUCUCAGACCACAGUCAUCCCAGCCAAAGACUGAUGGCCGCGGCUUCCAAAGAUUACCGUAUCAGUGUCUGGGCGAUAUAUAAUCAAACCUGAAAGAGGAGAAUCAAGCUGGUAGGACACAUCGUUCUCGUUGACACCGAUGGCGGCAGCAGGAAAACUAUCCUUGUCAGACUUUUGUAAAUGGGAACAGAGACCCCAUUUUCUGACAUGAAGUCCACAACCUCAGGUCUUGCCCCCCCACCCACCUUCCAGGGCACAUGACUGGGGGCCUCAUUUCCUGGAUUCAUCCAUUCAUUGACAUCUUGUUGCCCUACUACAAUCUGUAUCCAAAGUGUCUUCUCAAGCUAUUGCAAAAAAAAGGCAAAAUAAUGUAAUUUUAAAAUGGGUGUGUGGUAUGCCCAAAACAACUUCUUCUUUGUAACUUUGCUGGAGGACCAGGGGAGGGGAGACCAUUCUGGCAUGUCCUACCACUCAGAUGGUAUAGCUGCAGUCUUCAGUUACAGUUAAAGUCAAUGGGUGUUUUUUACUUAGGUUAGAGUUACUUGGGAGAUUUGCUGGACGUUUCUUCUGUAGUCCAGGUUACAAAACUCUUCCCUCCAGAGGACUUGGUUGUGGGUUAAGAUGCCCACUCAUAGAAGCAGCCCUUCAGUUGGUAAACUCUCUGCUAGCUUCCCUGUAACCAGGGCAGGGGGAAGGACUGCCAGACUAUUUGAACCCAUGUCUCCCAACACUAUAACAAAUACUUCCUACCAGCUGUCACUCACAAACUCUAAUAGUGCAGACUAGCCUGAUCUUAACAAAUCUUUGAAGCUGAUUAUUGGUGGGAGACCACCAAGGGAGACUGGGGUUGCUAUGCAGAGACAGGCAGUGGCAAACCAUCUCUGGUCAUCUCUUAAGAACAUAAGAACAAGCCAGCUGGAUCAGACCAGAGUCCAUCUAGUCCAGCUCUCUGCUACUUGCAGUGACCCACCAGGUGCCUUUGGGAGCUCACAUGCAGGAUGUGAAAGCAAUGGCCUGGAAUACCCCAUGAGGUGGAACUUAACAGGGUCAGAGUGGGUCACAUGUGAUUUGAUGGCACACUUUGUCUCACACAUUGAUGCCGGUGCUAUACUACCUGUCGGUCAUGGCCCCCCCAACCCCGAUACUGGGAACUGUGGUUUUAGUGCAGAUGCUACUGCCUCUCUGCCAGAUUUCUCUUAACACCCCAAACUCCAAUGUCCAUGGCUCCUGGGUGAGAAGGAAGGAAUCACUGCUAAUGCAGUAUUCUACGCUAUCUGCAUCAUAAGACAUUCUACGCUAUCAUAAGUAUUCUACGCUAUCUGCCUCAUAAGAAAACAAAGGAGAGGGGGCAGAGAAACAUAUGCGUUUUCUUGUUGGAAAAUUCAAAGCUCUUCUUGUGUUGGUAGGGGUCGAGGGUGUGCCCCAACUAUUUUGAAGAAGUGUUUGAAUUUAUACCCCACCUUUCUCUCCUGUAAGGAGACUCAAGGAGGCUUACAAACUUCUUUCCCUUCCUCUCCCCACAACAGACACCUGGCGAGGUAGGUGGAUCUGAGAGAGUUCCAAAGAACUGUGACUGGCCCAAGGUCACACAGUAGGAAUGUGGAAGCAAAUCCAGUUUACUAGGUAAGAGUUCAUGUGGAGGAGUAGGGAAUCAAACUUAACACCACGCUGUUCUUAGUCAGUACACCAUUGUCAUUGGGACUAAUUGAAUGUGGACAGUACCAGUACCAAAUUACAGUGCUAAAUCCAGACUUGAAACAGCUUUAUGAUGUACCCCUGACCCUCACCUGGCAGAACUAAAGGAGUGAGUCGUGGUACCUGUAGUCUCGUAAACAUGACAGCUAAAUUGAGGCACCUGACCUCCCUCCCAGCAAGUGGGUGGCUGAGAUCCUGCGAUUAGAAUGGGAAGGCGACUGGCGUUCCUCAAUUAAUUGAAAUAAAUCUCGAACACCAGCAUUUGUCCACCAAUUACACGGGCUAUUCAUCACAGCGGAAAGGGACGCUGAUCUCUGACCCCCAGACGUUUCCUGUGAAUGAAUCAAUUAGUUCCAAAGCUCUUCCUCCUGUUGUGGGAAGUUCCUAUCCUCUGCCCCCUUGAGCCAACUGGAGGACUUAGAACUUGUGUUUAGAGCUAGGAGCUGCCAAAGGAAAGGAAAUCUCCAAGGUCAUCCCUAUGAAGGCGCAGCUCCCAUACCCUGUUCGCCCCAGGUUCUGACAUCAAAUGAUUUGAAGCAACCCUUUGGAAGGUACAAAUGACAACUCUACUGAACAUUUGCAAGGAUUUAGGUUAUUCGUCAUCAUGAAUUAUUGUAAAGUUUGAUUCCUAUUUAUUUCUCACAUUUUUAAAAUUCUGCCCUUCUUCCGGGGAGCUCCAGAUGGUGUGCACGCUUCCCUGUUUUCAUCCUCACAACACCCUGUUGGGCAGGCUCAGAGAAAAGUGAUCAGCCCAUGGUUUCUCUCCUGUCUAGAAUGGGAACCUGGCUGUCCCCAGUGCUAGUUUGACAGUCUUAUGCUCGCUUUUAUUCACAGCCUUUUCUCACAAAUAAAUAUAUCCACAGGUCUCCCACGUAUUAAGAUUUCUGAGGAGAAAAAAAAUGACUUAUCUUUGGCUCGAUGCUCUCCAUUACACUGUUUGAGUAUGUGUGUAGAUGCGUGCAAGUGGUAUAUAGUCCACAGACUCAGGUAUAUCUCUGCUUUUCUAGGCAAAUGUAGCUAUGACCAAAACUUUAGGAAAUGACUGCGGGGCAGGGGGGUGGGGAUGGCCAGGAUGCGUUUGAGGAGGUUUGCAGGCAUUUCUUUAGCUUGUGAAAUUCAGUAUCCAAGGCCACUGCUCAGAUGGGCUUUGAUUCCUACUCACAGCGUGGCCUUGAAUAAGUGAUUUUCUACCUGCCUCAACUACUGCUCUCUAAAACAGAAAUAAUGAUGAUCUGCCUUGUAGGGUGGUUGUG